AAGAUGAAUAUGAGACAAAAGUACAGAAUUUGUUUUUAUUUCAUGGGAUUUACACUUGUAUGUUUUAUCAUUUUACAGAAACUUCUGUUUUCACUUUGAGUCCCCCCAUUUUCAGCUUCUACAAAUUUAAGUUAUCAGAUGAACUUAAAAGUAAAUCAGAGCAAUGAAGUCUUUUAUUUGGUUGCAUAGGCCAUAAAAGUAAUAACUGCCUGAAGUCAGUUAUUAUUAUGACCCAUUGAUGGCACCAAACGUUUGGUAUCUUGGUUUGGUUUGGUAUCUCCUUCCCAUGCUUUCUCUGCAGCCACUUUCAAUUGAUCUCUGUUUUUUUUUUUUUGGGGGUUCUGUCUUCAGUCUCCUCUUCAGCAAGUGAAUUGCAUGCUCGAAAUUUAAAUCGGGUGACUCACUAGGCCAGUCCAAGACUUCACUUUUCCCCAUUGAUGACUGCUUUGGUUGUGUAGACUGUGUGUCUGCAGGAUAAGGCGCAGACCAAUGAGGAUGGAGGAAUUACUUUGUGCAUAGCCAGACUAAAAUAUGUCUGCAUACUUCUGAAUUUGUCCUACUGCUGCCAUCCUCCAUUAAUCAUUAAUAACGACGAGUGAGCCUUCUCCAGGAGGAGUCAUUCGCCACACUCUCGGCUUUCCGUCGCUUUGGUAAAGGUUAGUUUGGUCUCAUCGGUUCAUAAAACGCACUCAUGUCUGCGUUUUUCUAAUCUGACCUUUCAAUUCUUGCUGCUGAGGGGAUUGCAUCUCGCAGUCUAACCUCUAUAGAUCUGCUCUCCAAGUAUUCUGUGGCUUGUGACAUUUCCCCUCCAGAGCUCUUCAGACUGCUGGUGAUGUCACUGGUCAUUGUUUUUGGGUUUUUCUUCACUGCUUAGGAUUUGUCUGUCAUCAACUGCAGUCGUCUUCCUGGGCCAUUCUGUGCAGUGUUUAUUUCGCCAGUGGUUUCUUUCUUUUUCAAUACUUUCCAAACUGCAGAACUUGAUAUAUCCAGGUUCUGUGCUAUCCUUCUAAAUGAAUUCUUCUGUUCUCUCCGCUCUCUUACAGAUUAGUUGUUUUUCAGCCAUAGUUAGUUCUCUGGUCAUUCAUGCCUUCUGACUGAAUGCAAUCUCCACAGAUCAAAACAAAGGCUAAAACCAAGACUAUAAUACCAACUGCUCUUUUAUAUGUCAAAAAUACAUGCAAAAGAAAUGCGUGAGCAUCAGUUAGCACCUGUCAAGCAUCCAUUCGCUUACUUUUGCACAGCUGAAAAUGGGGUGAUUCAACACAAAAACAACUGUUUCUGUAAAAUGGUAAAACACAUAUACAUGCAAAUACCAUGAAAUAAAAGCUGAUUGUCUGGACUUUAGUCUCAUAAUACAUCCGUUGAUCUCAAAUCCGAAUGCCUUAAUUCUAUAGCAAAAAUAAGAAAUUUCACUCUACUGUUACCACAACUUCAGGAAGACACUGUAUAAUUAUUGCUUAUGAAAUUUCCUUAGAGACCUUGAUAGUUGCCAUUUCAUUCUGUAAACCCCCCCACCUGCUACCUGUUUUCUCCACUAUCUUUCCAUGACCUUUUAAGUGUGCCCCCUUUUUCAUAGAGGGGGUAAUACAAACUCCCCAUCCCUCUCUGUAAGAAACUGCUCCCAGUAUCAGUUCAUGUUAUGGAUGAAGACUUGGCAAACCUGCCAGACCACAGCCCUCCAGGACCGACACCCCCCCCCUCCAACACACACAGCCCUCCACCCCCUCUUCUCUCUCCCUCGUCUUCCCUUGCAUCAUGUCCUACUCUUUACCCUUCCCUCUAUUUUCCUUUCUUCCCUCCAUCCCUCUCAAAUCUCUCACCAGUACAUGCAUAUUAUCCCUGCCCCAGGCUAAGGUCAAGCAAGAGGGUUAAAUGAGGUCUGAAACUGGAUGCAGAAAUACGUGAUGAUACAAAAAAGAAAGAAAAAAAACGCCAGCCUCUCGUGAUUGAACAGUUUAUCGCGAGUAUUUCUGGCCCUAAAUGUCACGUACUGGUUUGAACAGCAUGCUCUCAGUUGGCGUGUCAGUUUUUGCAUGGAGGAAAUGAUCUAUCGCCUAUUGUAAGCUGAACCACAAAGAGACCUGUGUCAGGAAUGCUGUUCUGUGAGACUAAGCAAGAGGGAGGGAGAAACAAUGCAGUGGGGGGGGGGGGGAAAGAGGAGGAACCAGUGGGACAGGUUUCACACUGCUGUUCGGAUGCACCGUACAAAAAUGACAGAAGAGUUCAGAAAGCGGAGGAUGAGGGGAAUAUGCUCUCCCUCUCUCGCUGUCUCUCUCUGAGGGACAGAAACCAAGGAACAAGCCCCCGCAAGGAUGUGUCGCUGAAAGGUACUGUGCAUUUCCUUUCAGAAUUUGGCGGUGUGUCGAGUAACCGUAUUUUGUCAGUUGAAGUGGAAGGGAAGUAACGAUUAGAACAGCACAGGUGUCCUUGUAAGCCAACACUUGGUGUCUGUGCAUUAAUGAGAGGCACGACAGCCUCGAAUGUGCUAUAACAAAACAUGCUGUCAAACUUUCUAAUAUACCUCUGUUCAUUUUGAUGGAAUUAAAAUGAAUACAGUAUCAAUCUUCUGUGCAUAGAUGAAUGUAUUACGAAUACAAAUUCCGCAACUGAAUACGCUUAUGCUGUCAUCUUGAAUGGAAUAUAUGUAUAGCUUAAACAUUGUAUUUGACUUAAGGUGAAGUAUAAUUUUUGGAACAAUUUGAUACACCUACAUAAUUCUCAUAUAUAACUCGGAUAUAUUAACAACAAAACCAUCAAAAUAAGUGAAUAAUCUUUGCUGUGUUUUUGAUGUGAUGCCUAACUACUGUUCACUAUCAGUCACUCAGUCAGAAUUCCUUUCCAGUAUGAAAAUGCUCACAUUUAAUUACACACUUUUUCGCCAUGUACUCUGGAUUCAGUGGUGUGUGCCAGUGGAGCUGGGGUUGCCAGUGUGGGAAGUGGGUACAUAGUUCUACAUGUAGCAUGCUGUAAUUUUUCUCUUUGCCUUCCUUGCAAGUCAGGUUUAGUUGGAAGUAUUAAUGACAUACAGCCCAAAAAAUGCUGUCUGCUUCUGUUUAAGGCAUGUGCAGUACUUUGUUAUUUUAUUGACGUGCUAUUCUUAGGCCCUUGUUGGGCAGCUUUGUCUCUUGAAAAAGUCAGUUUCGGGCAGCAGUUCCAGAAUUUGAGGUAUGUUUGGUUUCAUAUUUUGAUUUUUGAUGUCAUGUAAUGACUGCAUUUGAUCCUUUAAUACUGUAACCAGUCACACUUUGUUUUAUCCUUCCCUCAGCCUCACUAUUCACUCUUCCCUCUCUUCUCUGAUUCUCUUGCUGUCAUAACCGUGAUGUCUGCCUAUUGGUUAGAAACGACCUUGUUUUGUAACUGCACAGUAAUUCGUUUUUUUGCAGUUUUGUGGGGUGUUGCUCCAGAGUGACCCGGCUAUAAUUAUCCCAGCAUUCCUGAGACUCAAUUGGUUAUUUUAAGGAAGGGAUUUCAAGAAAAUGACUAUCUUUUGCAGGGCCGUGGGCGUUGGUGAACACAACAUUUCUACCAGAAAACCUAAAGACGAGAACCAAAAAGAAGCGAACACACAACAACAAAGAAAGUGAAAGAGGUUGUGUUGGGACUUACAUACUAAAGGCACCCUGAGGAAGAAAUGAGCAGAAGUACAAAAAACAGCAGCAGCAUAUUACAUGUGCAUCCAAGCUUCAGGAGAAGCCAAUCUGGCUGGAAUACUGCGUGCAGCCUGAGAUUCAAAGGAGAAGCAAAAAGGGAAAACAUAAUUCCACAGAAGGAGCACUAGAUCUGCCGAUGUCGAUAUAAAAACCUGCUAUCAAUUUGGAUUUACUGAUAACAAGGGGAGUGAUUCCCGUAAAGAUGGACUUGUAUUUGGAAUCUACUUUGUUGCCUGAAUCCAGCAACCAUGCUCUAGCACCUGUAGAUGCAGAACAGGUCUCCAGAAUCUCUCCAGCAAAAACUGAAACCCACCCCACAGCUGGAUUUGUGCAGUCUACAGCUCCAAGGUUUAGAAUUCGAUCUGCCAAAAGCCUUUCCCUCGACUUGGGCACUCGGAACAAGCAGAAGGACCUGAGGAAGCUUGUGAGUAUCUUUGAGCCUGGGACUGGCACUGAGAUCAGCAGGGGGAGCAAAGCAGACAGUCAGGAGGGUGCAGUGGGAACACCCACCCACAAGGUCUCCAUGGUGAUGAACAGACAAAUACCAGAUACCUGGAUUACAUCCAAAAGUGAGCCCUGGCCAAAGAACCCAAACCAGCCAAAAAUUACGGCUCCUGAACAAAUGAGACGGACUGAUUACACACGUGAAGUGAAGCCUGAACCAACAGAUCCCAUGAGCCAAGGUGGCCAAUCAGGGCAGGGGACAGGGAGGAGGGGGAGGUCAGAGUGGAAGACGGUGAACUCCUCAAACAGGAGUAAGAGUUUGGACUGGGGAAGUGGAGUAUCUCACAUGGACAAGGGAGAAAGGACAGGGCUACAGGGAUACAGGGAUAACAGUGGUGGAUUUUUACCCAGACGAUCAGAAAGUUUCGAGAGAGGCAGAGGUGGAAACAACAUGACUACCCCAACAACAAAGAAAUUGGACCAAAAUUGUACAAGUGUUUCAUCCAGGAUCAAUGAGUACAUUUUAGGUGAGGAAGUAGAACUGAAGAACCUCAAGAUCGUGUCUGCUGACCAGCCAGUGAUUUUAAGAAGAAGCAGACCAGUGUCACUGCCUUUGCAGAUGGACAAUAGAGGUCAGUCUUUGCCAUCUCGGAUAAAACCAAGAUUGAGUGACCGUGAAGUCGAAGGGGACAUCAGUGUUUGGGGCCUUCACCAGAGCGGAAGAAGGAUAGCUGGGGAUGUGUCUUCAAACAAAUUUAUUUUUGGUUCAGUGACAUCAGACAUGAGCACAAAACGUGAUGCUGGUUCAGAAAGGCUGAAAAUCAAGCGAAACUCUUUGCCUGCUGAGGACUUGUCUCAGUACAGGAAGGGGGGCGAGCAGAGCCACCGCCGCAGCUCAUUUUCGAAUGACCCCGUGCUGGUGUCAGAACCGCCACGUCAGUGGAUCGGCGUGCCAUACGAGGGGAGGCAGGGAGGAACGUUCCCUCGCAGGUACAGCAAAGAGGAGAAGAAAGACUGUGAGACAGGAAGUACCUGGAUUUGCAGAAAUGGUAACGAUGGAAGCAAUAUUUCCAGUUUGAGGAGCUCAAACAGAGCCAUGGCAUGGUCUGAAUGGUCAGGGGACAGAUCUCCUAGGAGACUACAGCAAACUCAGACUUCACUGACUGAGAGGGACGAAAAGGAUUACAGAUUAUUAGACCGAGGCAGGAACAGUCAACCUUUCUCAGUUAAACCCAGAUCUGUGAUAAGCACACCGAAGGUCACAUCACCUCAACAGCAGGUACAGUCUACAUUAGACAGUGCAGCAAUAACUGUUAAAGAUCUUCCACAGACUAUUCAGUCCAAGGCUGUCACAGAUGGAUGGGAGAAAGAGAGGGAGUAUAAAAAAGGAAAAGGGGAAAUGAAGGUUAUGGGGUCAGAUCUGGAUCCAGAAAGAGAGGAGGAGAGGAACAAGAUAAGGCAUGAGGGAGGGUUUUGUGACAGAAAGACUGAAGGGAAGCUAAGAAAACAUGAGGAAAGUAAGCAAAGCUGCAGCAAAACCAAGGAGCCCAAACCGCUCAAAGCCAAGGCUUUCUCUGAGAGAAGCCCUGCAGUGAAAUUCUGUGAAGGAACGGACUCAUUUUCGGACUCGCUCCCCAAAAUGAAACUGGCAUCAGUAUCACAGCCAGCAAGUUCAGCUUUGGGAGGGGUGAACAAAGAGUCAAAACAAGACUUGGCAGACUUUCCAGGAGGCAGACCUGAAUAUAGCUUAGUCAUUCAACCUACACUCAAAUCAUCCCAGCCAAUAAACUGGAGGGGACAUAAGGAAAAGGGUGAAGAGCAGGAUGAUGUUUUUAGACUGAACAGUACACCCAGGGUUCCGGGAAACAGGCCAAAUGGAGAGUUUAAAACAGGGGUUGAUUCCACGUCUUCGGAUAACGUGCGUAGUAAGAUCAACAGAUUUGAGACGCUGUCCCAACAGAGCCGGUCGAUGCCUCCUUAUCACCAGCUGUGGUCUAGGAGGGCAUUGUCUGUACCUGACCACCCUACGGAGGUGUUAGGGGUUACGAAGAGUAAUUCAGACAAAGCUUUGGGUGGGAUAAGAAGACCAGGACCAGUGGGCCCAGCAGAGAAGCAAUACUUUAAGAGAGUAGGGAGAGGAGAGGCUGAUGAAGGGGUGAGAAGAAACUGGGAGGUGAGGUCUUCUUCUGUGGAUGAAGGGGAACAGAGGAGAGAUUGCAGAGGAAGAGAGGUCUUGGAUAGUGGGAUCAGUUUUCCCCAACAAACAAAAUGGAGUGCUUAUAAAGAUGCUUCUUACAACUCCACAAUCAAUACAGAACCACAGAGGGAUUUCAAAGCUCCUUCAGAUGAGCCAGACAGUUCCAGGGCCAGCCAACAUGAAACUAAGUAUGCAUCAGGACAACAAGGAGAGAUUUCUAAGCCAGUUAUUACAAAAGACCGGAUGCCCACACUGCAAACCAACUACAACAACUCCAAUUCCAAUGGGGUUGGCAGAGUCACUGGCAUAACAAAUAUCAGUGGCAAGAAUACCUGUGAUUCAAAAAAUAUAUCUGAGACUGACAAGGGGGACAAGACGCGCAUUAACUCUUCCAGUAGAUCACCCUUCAUUUCCAACAACAAGAGCUAUGGCACUUCUGGCAGCACAUGUCCUGAUAAAGCUUCAGAAAGAAUACCUCAAACUUCAGCAAGCACUCGAAGCACCACAGAAGCAGCUCCACCUCCUGUGUGCAGGGUCAACGGCAUUCCAUCUGCCUCCUCCACACCAGCCCCAGAGUCAGCACCAAGGAAUUCCCUCCUUCACCCAGCCACAAGCUCCUCCUCCACUGAUCCUCAACUCUACAGUCAAGUGACUCACCAAAACCAGGCCGUGGGCCCCAAGGAGUCCUACGGUGCCGCCUUGGCCAGGUGGAGCUCCGAUGAAGAUUUGUGGGACGAUGAUGAUGAUGAUGAAGGAACAGAGAAAGGUUCCAAUUAUGACUCAGACUCAGGAGAAUCAUCGGUGACCAUCACCAGCAACAUGAGCCAAUCGGAUCGCCUGAGCUUCUCAGUCAGCCUGGCUGACCUGUGUAAUUUUGGAGCACUGGAUUACAAGGGCCAGGAUGACGACCCAGACGACAUGGACGUGGAAGGUCGCCUGUCACACCGCACAGCCUCGCUCAGCUCAGACAUCUCCGCGCUCUCCUCCAUCUCCAUUAUGCCCGCGGAAGAGCUGGAUCAGCUGCUGGACGAAGUCAAGGGUCUAGGAGAGGAGACUCUGCAGAACUAUGAGGACGUGCAGGUGGUUGUGCUACACAAAGAGGUGGGCUGUGGUUUGGGCUUCACUGUUGCUGGAGGAGUGGAUCAGAACAAGCCCAUCACCGUUCACAAAGUGUUUCCUUCUGGUCUGGCGUCCCAAGAGGGCUCAAUGAGGGAGGGUGACCAGGUCCUGUCCAUUAAUGGCACGGCGCUGAAGGACUCCGCCCACUGGGAGGCGCUGCGCAUUCUGAGGAGGGCUCGCACUCGGCCCAUGGCUGUUGUGGUGCUGCAGAAAGGGGGCGCCACUGAGACAAAGAAAAACAGUGCUGAUUGUUGUCAGGCAGCGGUUGACCAGCACACUGCAAAAAAGGGCAGGACAAUUCAAGUGGUGCUGAACAAAUUCAGCACAGACCUGGGCUUCAGUCUGGAGGGGGGACUGGGCUCCAACACAGGAGAUAGACCCCUCACUGUGAAAAAGCUCUUCCAAGGGGGCCCAGUGGAUCAUGUGUUUCCUGGAGAUGAGCUCCUGGAAAUUGAAGGUCAGACCAUGCAGGGACUGCGGCGGUUGGAAGCUUGGAACUUGAUUAAGAAACUUCCACCUGGUCCGGUGGACGUGGUGCUGAAUCGGCCUUUCAGACCGCAAUGAGAAAGGGGAAGUGACAACACGAACCGGACCUCUGACCUCAGAGGACUCAUGAGCCGAUUAAAGAGGAGACGCAGAAAUGGCUUUGCUAUACUUUCGACUCAGAGGGUCGAAGAGCCAGAGAAAGAGUGGCGGUUUUGCACCGUAUUCUCAACAGGCAUGAUUUCAAAGUGUGAAUAACUGAAGAUGUCUCACACACACACACAGGAAGAGGUGCAAACUACACAAGCAGGGUCUUCAGCUCUGGCUCUUAAAGGUCCACUACUAGGCAACUUGGCACUGAAGGAAACUUGACCUCUUACUCCUGGCUGAGCCCUGGGAUAAAAAGAUAUGGAACUGAAUCAAAGCAUCUGAAAGUUUCAUGGCAGAGGGAGGUUCACACGGUAAUAACCAACAAAAACGUAUUUCAUUGGCAGGGAGUGUGGGGGGUGGGGGGGUGGGUAUUAAUGUGAAGUAGACCAAGGAAACCGGCUGCAAUGGCAGUGAGGGACAGAAUGAAGGAUGGAGGUGGAAUUCAGGAAUGUAGAGGAGAACUAGCUAUAGAGAGCACAUUACACUGGUUGAAGAAGGGUGUGGAGGAAAUGAAAGUUUCUUUGAUUUUACAGGAAAAACUAAAAAUAAUUUCCUAAAUGUGUUAUGUUGUAUAUCUUUUUCUUUAAAUUACACAUAUAUUUAUUUGAAAAGCAUUCAAAGAUUUUCUUUGAUAUAGUAUUAAAUUAUUAUAAAAGACCUGUAGGCAUCCCCUCAUGAUUUUAGAUGUAUUUGUUGUUUCAGAUAACUGUGUUAAGUUUGUAUCUGUUUUUAAAUGAAAACAUAAAAAAUUGGCAAUGAAAGCCUAAUAAUG